AGCUGUUUCCGGGAUGGGGGAGAGCGGAAGAGUUCGGCUCGAGACGGCACUGUCAGCUGUGCAUGGUAUGGUGGUGGUCGUAGAGCAAAACAAGCAGUUUUCUCGACGACAGGCAGUUCGAUGGCCCCUGGUUUUGCUCCCCCCUUUCGACCUUUAUACUCCCCCGAUCCCACCGCACCGAAUUUCCAUUCUUUCCUGCUGUUUCGGUGGAUCCCGACCCUUUCCCCGACGUUUUCUUCGGCGAUUUUGACUUUUUGUUGCUUGUCCGUCGAGAUUCGAUUACCUGGAGCCGGUAAAGUUGCGGUCUUGGGAGGCUCCCGGUGCGAGGAACUUGAGUUCUAGGGUUGGGGUGCUUUGGGAUCGAUGAAAGUAGAGGCGAAGUACGCGGAGGAGGAUGAGGUGCGGAAGAGGAAGGGGGAGAGAGCGGAGGGGAAGAGGAACGGGGAGAAGCCGCUGCGAAAGCAGGCGUGCGAGCGGAGGAUCCGGAGGCGGGUGCAGCCCGCUUCGACGACGAUCCAGCGUCUGUUCUUGGCGUGCAAGACGGUGUUCAAGGGCGGCCCUGGGACCGUGCCCGAACCCAAAGACGUCGAAAUGCUGCAGCAUCUCUUAGAUACAAUGCGACCGGAAGAUGUUGGGCUAAGCACAGAUACACUCCUCAAGCUUAAAGGUCCUUCAAAAGGGACCCCAAGGAUCACAUAUGCAGUAAUAUACAAGUGUGACAACUUUUCGAUUUGUAUAUUCAUCUUGCCACCAAGAGCAGUUAUUCCUCUUCAUAACCACCCUGGAAUGACUGUCUUUAGCAAACUAUUACUUGGAUCCAUGCAUAUAAAAUCGUAUGAUUGGCUUGACCCUGAUGAAUCAAAUAACCUCACCUCUUCAUCUAAAAUGAGACCAGCAAAGGUGGUCCUUGAUUCUGAUUUUACAUCUUCAUGUGACACAUCUAUUCUUUAUCCUACAACUGGCGGGAACAUUCAUACCUUCACAGCCAUCACAACCUCUGCUGUGAUUGAUGUUCAAGGACCCCCUUACUCGAAAGAAGAGGAUCGUGACAUUACAUACUACCGGGAUCAUCCCUACUGGAAAUAUCCAAAUGGUGUUCCUGCUGGAAAUGGUGUGAUGGAUGAUUCUCUUGGAUGGUUGGAAGUAGUCGAUAUCGCCGAGGAUCUAAUGAUGGAUGGUGUUCAAUACUUGGGCCCUCAGGUCAUUGAUGUUUGAUGACAAUUGUAGCCAGUUCCAGGUCAAUGCCACUCCAUACAAAAUCAUCAAAAUAUUCUAGUGGUUUCAACUUGUUGUCAUUUGCUCUUAAGCAUUAAUCAUGUUAAUUCACUUAACAAGUGGCAUAGAUGUCACACAGUGCUUUGUUGAUAGUUAGGAAGUGUAACAACUGCAGUUUAAAAGUUUGAGGGUGUUUGAUGAUUUUGAAACUUGCAAGGAACAAAAAUCUGUUUUUGAGUUAAAUAUCAUCAUGACUGUUAUUCUGCAUA